CAGUAACCUGCUAGAGCAACAACCAAUCCGUCAGCGCCGUCCUGUCCAAUCGAUUCAAAGGAAUCUAGAUUUAAUAUAUGGUGGGCUUUUUGGCGGGGGAUCUGUUUGCUAAUCGCUCGGUGCGUAUCGCAGAGACUAUCAGAAACCAUCAGUUGUUCUUUGAUGGUUUGUUCUAUCUCUUCCUUCCUCACAAUGUUGUGUUUGUUUCCAUUUUAGGUGGAGAUAACACCGACGAGGUGCAGAAGUCGGAUUCCAUCAAAAAGCAAUUAAGACUAGGUGAUUGAGUGU